GAGUGCGUUGAGAGGAGUGGUGGUGUGGUGCCCUCUGCAAUUUUGUUGUGUCUAGUGAGCUGUUUGUGGAUUUUGCUUUUGAUUGGUUUGUGUGUGAGCUUGUGUGUGUCUAGAUCAGUGUGUGUAUGGGGGUAGGGUUGCUUGUGUGUGUGUGUGUGUGUGUGUGUGUGUGUGUGUGUGUGUGUAGUAUGUGUGUUGUGUUUUAAAUUUAUUUGUGUGUGAGUACCUGUUUGUGUGUGCCUGUGUGUGUGCAUGUGUGUGUUGAGUUUUAAGUUUACGUGUGCGUGAGUACCUGUUUGUGUGUGUGUAGAUAUACCUGUGGGUGACUGUGGGUGAAUCUGUGUGUGUGUGUGUGUGUGUGUGUGUGUGUGUGUGUGUGUGUGCACGAGUGUGUAUGUGUUUGUGUCCUGUAAGUACACGUGUGGUAGGUGUGAGAACACCUGUUUGAGGGAAAGAUUUGAGGCCUUCAGUCACCUUGGCCAUUGUUUCUAAGGUAGCAUUAACACUUUGUUACCUCAAAUGAGCUCUGAGAGUGAACAAGAGUCAGAAAACCUCAAAUCCGAGCCCAGCCCCUCUGGCACGGAGAGUUUCCACUCUCAAUAUGUAGUUUUAAAUACCAUCGGCCAGGGGGGCUACGCCAAAGUCAAGCUGGCGAGGCACCGCCUCACAGGCAAGCUCGUGGCUGUCAAAAUAAUCCGCAAGAGGCAGCAUUGGUGCCAUCCGGUCACCUCUGAGGUCGAAAUAUUGAAGAUGACCAACCAUCCCAAUAUCAUCUCUCUCUUUCAAGUCAUUGAGACUAAGAAGAGAAUAUACCUCAUCAUGGAAUUGGCAGCGGGUAAACCGCUGUACCAACACAUCCAAGAAGCUGGUUACCUGCAGGAGGAUGAGGCACGGAAAAUAUUCAAACAAAUAUUAAGUGCUAUGAGCUACUGCCAUGACCAGGGUAUUAUUCAUAGAGAUUUAAAAGCUGAUAACAUAAUGAUAGACAAUAAUGGAAAAAUAAAAAUUAUUGAUUUUGGGCUCGGCACCCAAGUGAAGCCUGGGCAACUGCUGAGAUUUCACUGCGGGACCUAUGUAUUUAGUUCUCCCGAGGUGCUCCUCGGGAGACUGUAUGAUGGCACUAAGAUCGAUGUAUGGACCCUGGGGGUUCUUCUGUACUGCAUGACAACGGGAAGGGUCCCGUUUGAUGCUGCCAACACACCACAGUUGCGAAGGAAGAUUUUGUUAGGAAAGUAUUCUAUCCCCCAUCAUCUGUCAAUAGAGCUCCAGGACAUGAUUAGUUACCUACUGACAAUGAACCCAAAACAUAGACCGACAAUCAAUGAAGCAAUGAUGCAUCCUUGGCUCACAGAGGACUCAGAGGGUCUCCCAGAUCCUUGUGAGAAACAGACCCCCCUCAGGCCAGACCCAGCCAUUGUAAAAGCCAUGGAACUUCUUGGAUUUCAAGCAGAAGACAUUAAAGACUCACUGUGCCAUAAAAAAUAUAAUCAAGCCAUGGCUUCAUAUUGUUUUUUCAAAGAGCAGGCUAGUCAGGAGUGUGACAGCCCUACCCCAGCUCAACCCAUGAAUCCAUCAAUUACUCCAUACACUUCCCGGGAUGAUCCUGCUACUUUCGACCCAGAACUAAAGAGAAGAAGCGAGCCCAUCUUGCUUUCUUCCUCUUCCAACAGCCAAAUGGCUACUCAUGGCCAGAAGGCUAAGCAGAAAGAAGACCGAAGGGUCAGUUGGCCUGGUGUUUCUCCCUGCAGGUCACUCCAGACUACACCAACAAUGGGCCAAGCCCACAUACCUCUUAGGAGUGUCCCCUUCAGGUACUCAAUGCACAGCACCAGUGCCUCAGCAGAGCACAAGCCUGUCCCCAGCAGGGGCCAGCGCACAGGAUUCAAGGGGUGGGCCAGAAAGAUAGGAAAUGCUUUAAGGAGUCUCUGUUGUUGUAUACCAGCAAGAAAGAAACGUCGCCUGGGGGAGACGAGAGUCUCCCCACAGACAUAAAACACCAGGAGGGCAUCCGGAGAACAAGCAUCCAGCCUGGCCCAGAAGAUCACUAGACGAUGCCGGAUGCUACAAUUCUACAGUCACAGUGUUGGAGAGGACCCAUGUGUAGACACCGACCUGAAGGAGGGAGCCUUGUGGAAAGCCAUCAUGUUCCAGGUCUAUCACACAUUGCUCAGUGCCCAGGGUCCAGCCAGGAGGAAGGGAGCAAAUGAUGAAAUUCCAGGUUUCAGGAGGAAUGAAAUCCUACCUCAAAGGCAUCACUAUUUGGGGCAGUGGCUGAAAUCCUUUCCAAAACUGGUCCAGACAGGAGCCCCUCUGCCUACCUGGGGUCACAUCAGACCCUUCCUCUCAGUGCAUGUUCCCGCCUUACUCUUAGUAGAAGACUGAAGGCUUCUUGACAUGUUUGUUAUGAUGCAGAGAAUAAAAUAGAUGUUUGUGAAAGAUG